CACACACUCCCAAACGUUUUUACAGGAAUUUUUUAACACAUUUCAUGGAGAAGUAUUCAAAGAUAUGUUCACCUCUUCCCUAAGUUGAUUGUGUUGAGACGAUUUCUAUUGUUGUAACGAUCAGGGUGGCAGCAUGGCUUCUCGUGGCAAAUCAGAAACUGGGAAACUAAAACAAAACAUGGAGGAGCAACUAGACAGAUUGAUGCAACAGCUCCAAGAUUUGGAAGAGUGCAGAGAAGACCUAGAUGAGGAAGAGUAUGAGGAGACCAAGAAGGAAACCCUGGAGCAGUUGAGUGAGUUCAAUGAGUCUCUGAAGAAGAUGGUGACAGGCAACAUGACACUGGUGGAUGAGCUUGGAGGAAUGCAACUGGCAAUCCAGGCUGCCAUCAGCCAAGCUUUCAAGACCCCCGAGGUGAUCCGAAUGUUUGCCAAGAAGCAGCCGGGGCAGUUGAGAACCAGAUUAGCAGAGAUGGACCGUGAUGUCAUGGUGGGAAAACUUUUGAGGGACGUGUACACUCAGCAGAAGGUUGAGAUUCUCACUGCCUUGAGAAAACUGGGCGAGAAGCUUACAGUCGAAGACGACACUUUUCUGGCUGAAAAUGUGACCGCAACUCUCAGCCAAUUUGAAAGAAUCACUGCAGACCUCGGAUCAGAAGACAAGAUAAUGGCUUUAGCUAGUUCUGGUGUGGAGAAAACCAAGGUAUAGAGGGUAAUCAGGUGUUGUCCAAUGUCUACGAUUGUGUUUUAACAUCAAGUGUUUCCACCCAAUAACAAAGGGCCAUAUAUCAUUGAUAAUUUAACCAAUCAUGCACUCAGACCAUACUUGCUUUUAAAGAGUCAAGUUAAACUUUUGUACAUUUAUUUUCUUUUUCAGAUGAUUGUAAAACUUGGUAUGCAUUUGGUACUAGAGGUUUUGAGUAGAGUAGCCGAUUUAGAAUUUGAACAGUUGCACUGACAGUCCAUGGGUCAUCCUUUUUGUUAAGUGUGGCUCAGACAUUUUUUGAAGGGUUUAAAUUCCGUUUUCAUGCUGAUUGUCUUCAUGGCUAAAUCAUUUUGUUUCAGCUCUUGGGUUGAAUUAUUUUUCCUGCAUAACUGUUCAUGUCAAAAUAAAUAAAUGAACCAUUGCAGUGUUUAAAGAUGCAAAGCUGGGCUUAAAUGUAAUUGCAUAACACACCAACCUGAACCAGCUCUGAUAAUUAAUUCAUAGGAGGCCGAAAAUGUCAAUCUAAAGUCAGUUUACAUGCAUCAUUUUGGAUGUAUUGUGUAGUUUGCUUGACAUCUGACUACAAAAUACUUUCAAAAAAUGUAAUCAUAAGUGGUUUAAGUUGGAUCUCUUUAUGAUUUUUGUAUUCCUAAUAUAAAGUUCAAUUUCUCAAUCUUCUGUCUCAUUAAAUAUAGUCGGUGGGAUUCUAUACAGUAGUUCUGUUCUUUCAGCACCAGGGGGCACCAUGACCAAAUAAUCAUAUUUGUAAGCAAUACCAGUGCUCUGAUUCCCCGACAUUCUUGUAACUGAGUGGAUUUGAACCGGGCAAAGCCGGUGGGGGAGGCAAGCCCUGCUCAAAUGGACCGGUAAUAUUGUCAACAAUGCAGCAUGGUGCAUCUUUCAAAACAUCUCUUUUCCAUAAAAUGUAUGUUUGAAUUUUCAUUGGGAAGGCAGAUAAAGCGUUUUUAUCAAAAGUAAUCACUUUUGCAUGUGAAAACACGCAAUCAUACUCAUUACUCCACGUGGCUGAAGCAGCAGCUAACCUUUGGCUGAAGCAGCAGUCAUGGUUUCACAGAGUUCAAAAUGAGCCAGGCUGCAUCCUUUUCCAUAAGAGUGUACUUGCACACUUCCUCUUAUGUACAACCAUUGUAUUGGUGUAAUCAUUGGCUAGAGAACGUUUCCACCAUGUUGAGGUGUGCAAGUGCACACUUAGGGAAAAGGCAAGGGCAUUUAGAUACAGCAUACCUCAAGUACAGAGAAUGACACCAGUCUUAAAAGUGUAAACUCAUAAUAUAGAACAGAACAUAAUCCAGACACAUUUGUACUCCAUCUCAUCAUCCUUUAUUUUGUUCACGAGCAAGCAUUAACUUCACUACAAUUUGCCUUUCAAUUGGUAGAAAAGUGAGAGCAGCCCCAACAAGCACAAAAGGAAGCGUUCAACAGUUCUGAAAAUAUUGUCACCUUCCAUUUUUGAGCAAAGAUAAAAAAUAAACCAAAAAUGGUUGAGUGGUGUAGACUUGUGAAAACAGACAAUCUGAGAAUCAGUAGUAUACAUGUCCCCUCUCCCACUCAAAUCGCACAGUUCCACAUGUAAUAUACACAAAAUUGUUGUUUUCAGUUGAAGUGAUUCAUGCAACAUAAACACCCCUUGAAUCCCAAAGCUCCUAUAUGUCUGCUGGAUGGACAGUGACAUUAAUUCAAUUCAAUGCAAAGGAAAAUGUCCAAGGGGCUGAUCAAAAGUAUCACAGAACUUGACUUGAGAGGCCCAAGCUCAACUGACUGGCGCAAACAGUUGUAAACUCCGGCUCCUUGGAAUGGUGGCCGUUCAGUAGUAUGUUUGAUUUGUACUUUUCAAUAAAAAAAAUGUUUUAGAGGGAGAUGAGAUGUUCAGAUAGAAUGUUAAAUUGACAAUGGACUGUGACAAAAUGAGCGUGAGAAAUUUGGAGAGAAUAGGAUUAUACUCUUGUUCUGGUGAAUUUCAUGCUGCCCUCAACAACUUUGUCUGAAAAUCAGGCAAUAAUACACUGUUCAAAUUUACCAUUCACUAUACACAAAUAGGUAACUUUAUACCCACAUAUGCCGGCUAGAGCAUUUUAAUAUUGUACAUAUUUUUAGAAGUGGAUUUCCUCAAUAUGAUUCAGUACAAUAUCUAUAGAGGAUACAAUAUGGUCCUACUUUCGCUACACAUAAACACAUGACACCUAUGUAAAACAUGAACUUUUAAUAAAACUAGCAGUGGACUAUUACAACAAAAUUAAAUUAAAUCACUUCCCCCAGCUCCGUAAGAAAUCUAGCAUUAAAUAGUUACAAAAUAAAGUUGCCACAACUAAAAGAGCUUGGAUGAGUGUUUUGUUAGUUGUGUUAAUUAAUGCGCUGUGAUCGGCAAAAGGCACUCCCAACUUGGGCCAGCUCGAACAUGACCCCCUUAUUGGGCCCUAGUCAUUUUGAAGGGGAGACGGUUCACCACAUUUUGACGGAUGACCAAUAAUAAUAAAUACAUUGGACCUAACAGAAAUGCGAUUGAGCGACUCCAGACAUAUGGUUUUGUUCCGCUCAGACAUAUGGUUUUGUUCAAACCCUCAAAAGUUACUUGGAACUGUCUCCAAAAAAUGACUUUAUAUGAAAAGGUACAUUUGUGUUACUUGAGCCAUUAUGUAAUUUGGCCUCUAAAAAUAGAUUAACAUGCAAAGUAUAAGACUUCCUUUAUAAACCUUUCCAACAGUUUUCCAACUUUGUCAUGCCUCACCUUUACUUUGCAAUUUGACAAAUAUUCCCAAAGUCAUGCCAUUAAACAUACUUAUGAAAGUUUUGCAGAAUGUACAUCAUUCAUUUGGAUUCCUAAAACGGUGGAAAACGUUAACCUGUUUGAGGGGUACAAAUCCUUUACCACAUGUUUCUUUUAAAGGUAUUGAGAGAUGAACAAGCAGUGAUUUCUGAGAGGUGAUAGAGGUUAACAUCUGACAUCGUUUCAAUUAAUUGUAUAAGUUUUAUACUAAUACCAGAGGGAAAAAAAGUUUACCAAAUGUAAACAAAUAUCUUAGAACAACUCUACAGUACAGUUCCAUGUACAAUAAAAUCUAGUGGCCUACUGCAAAAAAAUAUUUAAUUUGAAAGAUUCUAACAACAAAGAAGAUUCAAUUUUAAAGAGUUCUCAUAUCACAACAAUGUGUCAGCAGUCACUUAAAUGUAUUCACAUUUGUUAUUACUUAUUUGAAGGUUUCAAAAUCCUGUAACUAUGCUUAACUGUAAUGAGAAAACCUUUAAAAAAUGCAUCUAAUAUAUUAUUAUUAUUUCAGGUUAAAUAGCCAUGCCAUGAAAAAAAUCAUUGAAAAAAUAUUUUGAAAUGUUCUCGCAUUUCAUUUCUCUU